AACCAAAAGUCGAAAAACGCUUCCAGUAUUAUUUUUGAGUGUCGAAGUAAGUAAGCGCAACACACCUUGCAGGUAUCACCGUCAGAGCCAAGUGAAGGUGCCAUCCCUCUCUGGCUUUCACUGCGCUUCACAUAGAAAAUGGUGCUCGGAAACGGAGACUUUGGCAGUGAAGAACAACGCAAGGCCUCCGAACUAAACUUUGGAAACCCUAACAAUGGCGAUGCAACCUUCGAUUCCGAUCAAACUCAUCGCCUCAGUGAAGAAAUCGACAGCAAUUGCUCUACUCCUUAUGUUAGUGCUCCGUCUAGUCCAGGGCGUGUCCCUAAUGGAUACUUUUUCAGCGCUCCCGCAAGUCCAAUGCACUUCGUUCUGUCGUCUUCAACUUCGUCUUCUUCUUCUAAGUCUGUUUCUGGUUUCGCGUCUUCAUCCAACGAUGCCUUCGUUUCUGGUUCCUUCGAAUUUGAAUUCUCGGCGAGGUUUCCUUCCAACGCGUCGACUUCUGCUGGUUCCAUGAUCUCUGCUGAUGAGUUGUUUCUUAACGGCCAGAUCCGUCCGAUGAAGCUUUCGUCUCACUUGCAGAGGCCUCAAAACUUGGCUCCAUUGCUGGAUCUGGAAGGUGAGGACGAGUACGAUGGUAAUAAGGAUGCGAGAGGACUUGAGUUCGAGAAACGAGAGGAGACGCUUGUGCGCGGAAGAGAUCUGAGGCAACGCAGCAGGUCUCUGCAUAGGAGAACAAGAUCUCUGUCUCCCUUGAGAAAUCCUCCACUUGAGUGGCACGAGGAUGAAGAAGAACGAGAAAUCAGCGGGCGUGAUCUAGAGUUGGAAGAUCCCGACCGUAAACAGUAUGAAACGCCGUCGACGGAGACGACUCCUUCCGUGUCUGCUUCGUCGUCUAGGUCGUCUUCUUCGGGAAGGAGCUCAAAGAGAUGGAUUUUCUUGAAGGAUUUGCUCUACCGAAGUAAAAGUGAGGGCAGAGGGAACAGUAAGGAGAAGUUCUGGUCUUCCAUUUCCUUCUCUCCCGUCAAAGAGAAGAAACCUCCGCCUACAGAUCUCCCUUUGUCAUCUUCGAAAGAGAAAAAACCUUCUCCGUCGGUUCCAACCACGGAAACCCCAAAACCAAAACGAGCUCCCCAGGUUCCCGUUAAGAAAAGUGCCGCGGCAGGAAAACCCGCCAACGGCGUCAGUAAGCGUCGAGUACCUCGGUCACCUCACGAGCUGCAUUACACGACAAACAGAGCCCAAGCGGAGGAGAUGAAGAAGAAGACAUUCUUGCCAUACAGGCAAGGACUGCUGGGGUGCCUUGGGUUCAGUUCAAAGAGCUACGGCGCCAUGAAUGGGUUUGCUCGAACCCUGAACCCAGUCUCUUCCAGAUAAUUUUUAGUUCAAAGAACUAUGACGCCAUUAACGGGUUUGCUCAAAACACGAACCCUGUCUCUUCCAGAUAAUAGAUUUCAGGGUUGGAAGGGAUGGCGAGAUAUUUAUGGGACAUAUGUAUAGUUUUUAAUUUUUUUUAAUGGAUUCUAUUUUCUUUGUAAUGGAAAUCUAGAUUUCCAUUGUUAUCUGCUCGAUUGUAAUGGAAAAAAAAAACAUGUAAACGUUGAUGCAGCUUUCUUCUA